CGUCCGGCAUAAGACCCGCCGCCCUGCCCCGACGAGGGUGUGACCCGCGCGGCCACGGAAGACAAGCGCAGCCCCGUCUUGGCAGCGGAGGAUCUUCUGCUCAGGCGGCUGAACUCUGACUUUGGGAUAACAUCAUGGCCAUGGCAUCCAAAGGAGGAACCGUCAAGGCCGCUUCAGGAUUCAAUGCUGCUGAAGAUGCCCAGGUCCUGAGGAAGGCCAUGAAAGGGCUAGGCACCGAUGAGGACGCCAUCAUUCAAGUCCUUGCCUACCGCAGCACUGCCCAGCGCCAGGAAAUCAGGACCACCUACAAGUCCACCAUCGGCAAAGACCUGAUAGAUGACCUGAAGUCUGAACUGAGCGGCAACUUCGAGCAGGUGAUCCUAGGGUUGAUGACGCCCACCUUGCUGUAUGACGUGCAGGAGCUGCGAAAGGCCAUGAAGGGAGCUGGCACAGAUGAGGGCUGCCUGAUUGAGAUCCUGGCCUCCCGGACCCCAGAGGAGAUCCGGCGUAUCAACCAGACCUACCAGCAGCAGUAUGGCCGGAGUCUGGAAGAUGACAUUCGCUCUGACACGUCGUUCAUGUUCCAGCGUGUGCUGGUGUCCCUUUCGGCUGGGGGCAGGGAUGAAGGGAAUUACCUGGAUGAUGACCUCAUGAGACAAGACGCCCAGGACCUGUAUGAGGCUGGAGAGAAGAAAUGGGGCACAGAUGAAGUGAAAUUUCUGACUGUUCUCUGUUCUCGGAAUCGAAAUCAUCUGUUACAUGUGUUUGAUGAGUACAAAAGGAUAUCCCAGAAGGAUAUCGAGCAGAGUAUUAAAUCAGAAACAUCCGGUAGCUUUGAAGAUGCCCUGCUGGCUAUAGUAAAAUGUGUGAGGAACACACCUGCUUAUUUUGCUGAAAGACUUUAUAAGUCUAUGAAGGGCUUGGGCACCGACGACAACACCCUCAUCCGCGUGAUGGUGUCGCGCGCGGAGGUCGACAUGCUGGACAUCCGGGCCAACUUCAAGAGGCUCUAUGGAAAGUCUCUGUACUCAUUCAUCAAGGGUGACACAUCCGGGGACUACAGGAAGGUGCUGCUUGCUCUCUGUGGAGGAGAAGAUUAGACUCACAUCCCACCAGGAUAGCAAGAUUCUCACCACCUUGACAUUGUGUUUUUUUUAACCUUCAUUUUUCUACACUGUUAUUACCAUGAUCUCAGAAUGUUCAUUUCCAAUUACAACGCCUACAGUUGCCUCCUAGGAUAUAGCCUGUCUGUAUUAUUAUUCAUCUGUAAUUAGUCAUGCUGAUGCUUUAAAGUUGUACUUGCAGUUCAAAGCUUUGAAGACCUACGUGGAAAUUUAAAAUUAGAAAUAAAAACAUACGCCCUGUUUUUAACAAAUUACUUCCUCAUUUGUGCUCCAGAUAAAUUAAAUACACUAAAUUAUUCCAUAUUUCCUUUUUGGUGAAAGCCUUUCAAAAUAGAAGGUUCCUAAAAACAUCUUCUUCCCUAAUCCUAUUGUUUCAGUAGUAAUUUAUUCACUUGAAAUUGUGAGCAUUACUUAGUAAAAAUAACUAUCUAGUUUUCUCUUUUACAAAAUAAUAUAUCGAAAGCCCAUAUCUAUGUUUUUUUUAAGGUUUUAUUUGCCAUGUUAGUUGGCCUUUACCAAGAUUUCCUUCAUCCCGUGUUGGAUCACUUUAUCCUGAUUGAAGUUCACUAAAACAACUAACCUGAACAAGUUAAACCGCCAGUGUGGUGAUACAGAUCAUAUACAGCUGGUUAUUAGAAUGCUGCACAUUCCACAAUAUUGUGAUAAUGUCUUAAUUCAACUUAAAGUAAACAGAAAAUAAAUGAAGCUUCAAACUUGGUAUUCUGUAAUGGUGAAAUGCUCUGAAGUUAGAGAAAACUUCCUGGGCUCAAAAUAAUCUUUAAAACUUCUUGUGAUUUUGCUGGUUUGUACUUCUAUCUGCACUGUGCCUUUCCUCUCUAGAAUCAUUUAGAAAGUAUAUUUGGAAAUCAUUUAAAAGUUCAAUUUGUAUACAACCUGGAAAAAUAAUUUUAAUAAAAAAUGGUCUCUAAAGA